AUUCACUUAAUCAACUUUACCAACAUUGCUGAGCAAUUACUUUUUUACCGACACACCGUGUAAUACUUUCUUUUCAGAGCCAGCCUCGAUCACGACGAACAGACAUCCCUAGUGGACACGAAUCAACGACUUCUUCUACGCCAAGUACUCCAAUCAGCAACAUCAACAUCAACACCAACAUACUAUCAGCUCAGCACCACAACGAUUACAACAUGCUUCACCACCAGCCCCAGAUUCUCUCCCCUCUUCCUGAGAUGAACUCUCAGUCCCCUGACCCUUCCAGCCUUCGCGCUCGGAAGAUGUCAGCCGGUGGUAACAGGUCUUGGUCCGAAGAAGAGGAGAACUACCUUCUUCAGACCCGCAUGCAGAAGAUGCCUUACAAGCACAUUGCAGCCCACCUCAAGAAGACUGAGCUUGCAUGCCGCCUGCACUACCAUCAGCUCUCGCACGGUAGUCACCGCCGCAAGCGCAACAACUCGGUCUCUUCCAACGCUUCUUGCAGCUCUUCCGGUACUGCUCCGGUCUACUCCAUGGCCAUGGACCAGGAUGCCUACUCUCAAUCUUCCCGCCACAGCUCGCCCAUGAGCUACACUGGCAGUCCCCAUGUCCGCGCCAACUCCAUCACCACCUCUCCCGGUCGCUCCCAGCACAAGAUCCUCCUGCCCAAGCCUCGCACCCUUACUCCCCGUGGAUCCCCGGAGCCUUACAACGGUCUCCGUAUCAACACCGAAGUGGCCCAUCAGCCCAAGGUCGUUGACACUGACCGUCUCCGCUCCAUCUACGAAGCCCGCCGCCAACAGUUCUGGGCUACCGUCGCUGCCGACUACGGUGCGGAUGUUUCCCCUGCCCAGCUUGAGGAGAUCUGGCGCAACGGUUCCAACGCUGUCCGCCCUCCUACUCCUGACGCCUCGCCCGACGGUAGCAUCAUGCACAACCCCAUGUUCAAGCCCUCUCCCUUCCCGAGCUACAUCUCGCCGGCCCACAGCGAGCCAGCUAAGCACUACAGCCCCAUGAACCCGAUGAACAUUAGCGCCGUUUCAGCCCCAGAGCGCAUGCCUUACGUUCUGCCCAUGCCUGUUCCUUCCUCUGGCCGCCCAAGGUCUGGUACGUGGAGCUCUGCGCCCAGGGACAACAUGCCCAUCGCCAGCCUCCUCAACGACGAUAGGAAAUAAAUGUCCAUUAUCUUUACAUUCCUGUACUUGUUAGAUCACAUCCUGGGUCGUGGCAUUGGGCACGGAAUUCGGUAUGGCAUUGGCAAAUGACUCUUUUCCCCUUCUCUACUUUCGUUAAUUCGCUAUUCAAUCAACCCUUUUCUCGUAUUACUGUCUUAACGUCCUCGG